UCGUGGUCGUGAAUAAAUGGAGUCCCCACAUACCCAGACUCAAGCUAUCCUGUUGGAACGCAUCUCCAAGCAUGCAGCACUGUGCUUCGAAGCCCUCAUUGAGUUGAACACAAUGAUUUCGCAAGUGAAUACCGCAAAUGCAGAUAUCGAAGUAGCAGCGCAACUUUUUAUGACAUAUCGACGUAAUGUCCAGUAUAAUCUUGAAUCGACCAAAUCGUUGCCUCCACCAAUCGGAAUGCUUGAUGACGAGGGGGAUAACUCCGAGUAAUGAUUCUGGUACGUCUACGUUAUUUGGGUACAUUUCAGGGGAGUAAUUGUUAUAAUGUAAUGAUCCAAGCGAGUCAUCAAUGUGCGGUUACGGACGGCGACACUCGCUG